CAUGCAUGCAUGCAUGAGUGGAUGAUGAUGGAUGAUGAUGUGUCAUCCACCUUCUUCACCCUAACAUCCCAACAAAUCUCUCUCUCUCUCUCUAUCUCUCUGCUUCUAGGGUUUCUCAGCCUGCAGUCUCCCAAAUCCAAACUCUGCAUCUCACUUCCCUAAAACCCCACAAAACCCCUGCGAUUUCCACCAUAGUCCUAUCAAUUUCUCUCACAUUCUCUCCCAAUUAAGCUUCGCUUCCACACCAAACCCCGAAAUUUUCCAUUUUUGGCUAAGCUGAGCUAAGCUAGGCUGAGCUAAGCCUCCCCCAAUCCCACCAUUCAUGGCCAAGACCAAACCUGGCAAGAAGGACCUCGACUCUUACACCAUCAAAGGCACCAACAAAGUCGUUAGAAAUGGUGAUUGCGUGUUGAUGCGACCAUCGGACUCCGAUAAACCUCCGUACGUGGCGCGGGUAGAGAGGAUCGAAGCUGAUCACCGAAACAACGUGAAGGUUCGGGUCCGAUGGUAUUAUCGGCCCGAGGAGUCGAUUGGAGGGCGGAGACAGUUCCACGGGGCCAAGGAGCUGUUUCUAUCUGACCACUAUGAUAUGCAGAGUGCGCACACUAUUGAGGGCAAGUGUAUAGUGCACUCUUUCAAGAACUACACUAAGCUUGAGAAUGUUGGAGCCGAGGAUUACUUUUGUAGGUUUGAGUACAAGGCUGCCACUGGCGGGUUCACGCCAGACCGUGUGGCCGUGUAUUGCAAGUGUGAGAUGCCAUAUAACCCAGACGAUCUAAUGGUGCAGUGUGAGGGAUGCAAGGACUGGUUUCAUCCUUCUUGUAUGGGUAUGACCAUUGAAGAAGCAAAAAAAUUGGAAAACUUUUUGUGUUCUGAGUGUUCAUCUGAUGAUGAUGCCAAGAGAUCCUUGAAUGCAUUCCCGGUGUCACCAUCUGUUGAGGCUAAGGUGGAGCCGAAGCGCAGGAAGAGAUGACUGAUUGUGAUGCAUAACGGGGAGGUACUCAUUUCUUGCUCGCCUCCAGUAUUGUUGUUGUUGUUGUUGUUGUGUGAUGUGGAAUUGUACAGUGCAGAGAAGAUACUGUGCUUUGCACAAACCAAAAGGCUUUACUUAUUUUACCAUGUUCAAAUGUUUGUAUGUGUGCUUGACUUAGGAGAUGACUUUGUGAUCUUUAAUGUCCUCAGAGUGCUAAAUGUGCAAAAAGCGCCUGAAUCUUAUUUAAGCGCAGAGCACACAAGAACACAAAACAUAAAUUUAGGGGAAACAUUGGCUCUGUUGUGAUGUCCUUAUUGCUGGCAUUAUUACCGUAUCUGUAUGUUUGCCACCAUAACUGCAGUAGCUUUCUAUUACCCCUUUAUGAUCUUUGUUGAUGGGAAAAGAAGAUAGAAGAGGAAUGGGGUGGGAUGUGUUUCCUCUAAGAUCAAUCAAAUGUCGAAUCUGUUGAAAAGAUCUCUGCAGAGUUGGGCCCUUUUUUUCUCCGUUUUCUCGAUUCUUGAAGUUUUCAGGCACUGCCUCGAUCCUUAGGCAGGCUGCCAGUAGAACUGAGGAUUGUCAUGAAUAGGACUAAAAGCUUGGUGAGUGUAGUUGCAAAGUGACGGGAAAAACCCAUCUGGCACAAUGAAGUGGGUUUGCUCCCACAUCUACUGCUGCCACUGGGUUGACCUGACUUUCUGGUGGAGCUGGGUUCUGUUGAAUCAAUCUGUCCUUCCUCUGGUUGAUUUUCAAAACUCUGAAGUCCUACUCCCAACGGUUGAAUUGUUCUGAAGAAUUGAAGAUUCACAUAAUUGCACCUACUACCUUUUCAGCUGGAAGAUCGUUCCCAGAAAACUUGAGACCAUCAGGAAUGUUCUGCACUUCCUUACAAGCAAAACUUGUAUCGUACAAUUGGCAUUUUAUAUGAUGUUAUUUGUAGUUGUACAUUAUAGAGUUAUCAAGGAGGUUAGGGAUAUCAUGGCAUAUGCAAUAAAGAAAAUGUUUCUUUUGGGUA